AGCAGAGACCGUGGAGGAUGAGUGGAAAACUCCCUGUGUUCAACUGUAGCAUGUCCACAGCUGUCACUUCAUCGAUAAAAGGUUGAGAGCAAAACAGCCGAGAUGUCGGCCCGGUACUCCAAGGUCCAGUGGCUGGUCACGCUGAUUGGAAUUUUUUUCUAUUGUCUCGACAUCGGAACAGAUGUUGCACUGGUUGUGCAAUAUUUUCAGGAGGAAAAUUACCUCUGGAUGUCUUUGACUGCUCUGUUUGUUCUGACUGGCAUGGUGGUGACACAGCUUUUCAGCUACUCCUGGUACUUAGAUGACAAAGAAGAUGCCCUGUUCUAUCCCAAAGGAAAAGAAGCCCUCUCUGGAGUGACCGAAGGAGGAGUUAUUGCUCUCCACGUCUUUGGUCUGAGUAUUUUCACAAGGUAUUGUCACCUGCUGUCAAGGAGUUUCAGUGUUGUCUGGAAGGGAAGUUAUGAUCAGGCUGACAACAGUGGAAUUCACCAACAUCUCUUCCGUCUGGCGACUGAUCUGAGCAUGCUCAAACUGUUUGAGAGUUUCCUGGAAAGCGUUCCUCAGCUGCUCCUGCAGACAUAUAUCAAUCUUGGACAUCACGAAAGCUCUGUGGUGCAGUAUGUGUCCAUCGCUUUCUCCUUCUGCAGUAUCGCCUGGGCUCUGGUGGACUUUCGUCGCUGCCAGAAGAGAUCUCAGCCACAGAGCAGGGAGAUGCCGUCAGGGCUGCCAACAAUGACCUACCUCUUCUACAAACUGUUCUCCAUCACCAGUCACAUCCUCAGCCUCAUCCUCCUCCUCACCCUGAGCACCUACAGCACAAUAGCUCUGGCUGUUCUUUGGCUGCUGGCGACAAUCUGGACUCACUUUCUCCAGACACAUUUCUGUUCAACCAAAUGUCUUGAGUUCAUCUAUCGCGGCGUCAUCGGAGUCAUUCUCACAUUUACCUUUUUCAACGUCAAAAGACUGAACACCAAAGUACCCAUGACCGUGUAUUACGUCCUGUCGUCCACAAAAAACGUUGCAGCUAUAUUGCUCUUAGGCUUUUUAAAGCCAGAGGCGCAGAAUACUGCUUAUUUUCUGCCAGUAAGCUGCGUGAUCUAUGCUGGCACAGUGUUAGGGAUGCUGUGUCUGUUGGUUUAUUAUCGUUUUUUGCACCAUGUUGGGGAUGCUGAUGAAGUCGAUGGCCCGCAAAUGCAAAACGAAGUCACAACCAGAAUGAGAAACUUUAUGCAAGCUUGA